AUGAAUCUCUAUUCUCUAUUUGUCCUUCUCUCUAUAUCCUUUAUGUCUUUUUCUUUCCCUAUUCUCUGUUUGUCUUUCUCUCUCUCUACCCUCUAUUUGUCCUUCUCUUUCCUUAUCCUUUAUGUGUCCUUCUCUCUCUCUCCCCUCUAUUUGUCCUUCUCUUUCCUUAUCCUUUAUGUGUCCUUCUCUCUCUCUCCCCUCUAUUUGUCCUUCUCUUUCCUUAUCCUUUAUGUGUCCUUCUCUCUCUCCCCCUCUAUUUGUCCUUCUCUUUCCUUAUCCUUUAUGUGUCCUUCUCUCUCUCUCCCCUCUAUUUGUCCUUCUCUUUCCUUAUCCUUUAUGUGUCCUUCUCUCUCUCCCCUCUAUUUGUCCUUCUCUUUCCCUAUCCUUUAUGUGUCCUUCUCUCUCUCUACCCUCUAUUUGUUCUUUUUUUCUGUCUAUCCGCCAUUUGUACUUCUCUCUCUAUAUAUCUACUUUUUGCCCUUUCUCUCUUUAUCCACUAUUUGUCCCUCUCCCUCUUUAUUUUCUAUUUGUCCUUCUCUCUCUAUCCUCUGUGUGCCCUUCUCUGUCUCUAUCCUCUAUUUGUUCUUCUCUCUCUCUAUUUUAUAUUUGCCCUUCUAUCUCUCUCCUUUCUAUCUGUCCUUCUCUCUCUAUCCACUAUGUGCCCUUCUUUAUCUCUCUACCCUCUAUUUUUCCUUAUCUUUCUACCCUCUAGUUGUCCUUAACUCUCUAUUCUCUAUUUUUCCUUCCCUCUCCAUCCUCUCUUUUCCUUCCUUCUCUCUCUCUCUAUUUGUCCUUCUCUCUCGCUAUCAUCUAUUUCUUUUUCUCAUCUAG